CAGGAUGUGACAGGAUUUGGGAGACCUAGAGGAAACCUUCAGGUCACCCAGGGAACUGCUCCUCUCGCUGGUCCUGCAGUGGCGAGGCGGGGUGGGGGUGGGGGGGUGAGAGCGCCGAGACGCGCGGGGCGCGGAGAUGUGCAAGUGGCGAAGCUGGACCCAGCGCAGGCGGGAGAAGCCGCCCGACUCCCGGCGCGGGAUCUGCUGAGAGACCAAGACUUUAGGUAAUGGGCAGAUCAGAAAGUCAGAUGGAUAUAACUGAUAUCAGCACUCCAAAGCCAAAGAAGAAACAGCGAUGGACCCCACUGGAGAUCAGUCUCUCCGUCCUUGUCCUGCUGCUUGCCGUCAUUGCAGUGACAAUGAUAGCUCUCUAUGCAACCUAUGAUGAUGGUAUUUGCAAGUCAUCAGACUGCAUAAAAUCAGCCGCUCGACUGAUCCAGAACAUGGAUGCCACUGCUGAGCCUUGUACAGACUUUUUCAAAUACGCCUGCGGAGGCUGGUUGAAACGCAACGUCAUUCCUGAGACCAGCUCCCGUUACAGUAACUUUGACAUUCUAAGGGAUGAAUUAGAAGUCAUUUUGAAAGAUGUCCUUCAGGAACCCAAAACUGAAGACAUAGUAGCAGUGCAGAAAGCAAAAACAUUGUAUAGAUCUUGUAUAAAUGAAUCUGCUAUUGAUAGCAGAGGUGGAGUUCCUCUACUCAGACUGUUACCAGAUAUAUAUGAUUGGCCAGUGGUGACAGAAAACUGGAACCAAACAUAUGGUUCUUCUUGGACAGCUGAGAAAUCUAUUGCACAGCUGAAUUCUAAAUAUGGGAAAAAAGUCAUUAUUAAUUUUUUUGUUGGCACUGAUGAUAAAAACUCUAUGAACCAUGUAAUUCAUAUUGACCAGCCUCGACUUGGCCUGCCUUCCAGAGACUACUAUGAAUGCACUGGAAUAUAUAAAGAGGCUUGUACAGCAUAUGUGGAUUUUAUGAUUUCUGUGGCCAAAUUGAUUCGUCAGGAAAGGAGACUGCCUGUCGAUGAAAAAGAGAUUUCUUUGGAAAUGAAUAAAGUUAUGGAAUUGGAAAAAGAAAUUGCCAAUGCUACAACUAAAUCUGAAGAUCGAAAUGAUCCAAUGCUUCUUUAUAACAAAAUGACAUUAGCCCAGAUCCAAAAUAACUUUUCACUAGAGAUCAGUGGGAAGCCAUUCAGCUGGUCAAAUUUCACAAAUGAAAUCAUGUCAACUGUGAAUAUUAAUAUUCCAAAUGAGGAAGAUGUGGUUGUUUAUGCUCCAGAAUAUUUAACCAAACUUAAGCUCAUUCUUACCAAAUAUUCUGCCAGAGAUCUUCAAAAUUUAAUGUCCUGGCGGUUCAUGAUGGAUCUUGUAAGCAGCCUCAGCCGAACCUACAAGGAGUCCAGAAAUGCUUUCCGCAAGGCUCUUUAUGGCACAACAUCAGAAACAGCGACUUGGAGACGUUGUGCAAACUAUGUCAAUGGGAAUAUGGAAAAUGCUGUGGGAAGGCUCUAUGUGGAAGCGGCAUUUCCUGGAGAGAGUAAACAUGUGGUUGAGGAUUUAAUUGCACAGAUCCGGGAAGUUUUUAUUCAGACUUUAGAUGACCUUACUUGGAUGGAUGCUGAAACGAAAAAGAGAGCUGAAGAAAAGGCCUUAGCAAUUAAAGAAAGGAUCGGCUAUCCUGAUGACAUUAUUUCAAAUGACAACAAACUGAAUAAUGAGUACCUUGAGUUGAGCUACAGGGAAGACGAAUACUUUGAGAACAUAAUCCAAAACUUGAAGUUCAGCCAAAAUAAACAGCUAAAGAAGCUUCGAGAAAAGGUGGACAAGGAUGAGUGGAUAAGCGGAGCAGCUGUAGUCAAUGCAUUUUAUUCUUCAGGCAGAAACCAGAUAGUCUUCCCAGCUGGCAUUCUGCAGCCCCCGUUCUUCAGCGCCCAGCAGUCUAACUCAUUGAACUAUGGGGGCAUCGGCAUGGUCAUAGGACACGAAAUCACCCAUGGCUUCGAUGACAAUGGCAGAAACUUUAACAAGGAUGGAGACCUCGUUGACUGGUGGACUCAACAGUCUGCAAAUAAUUUUAAAGACCAAUCCCAAUGCAUGGUGUACCAGUAUGGAAACUUCUCCUGGGACCUAGCAGGUGGACAGCAUCUCAAUGGAAUUAACACACUAGGAGAAAACAUUGCUGAUAAUGGUGGUAUUGGCCAAGCAUACAGAGCCUAUCAAAAUUAUGUUAAAAAGCAUGGUGAAGAAAAAUUACUUCCUGGACUUGACCUAAAUCACAAACAACUGUUCUUCUUGAAUUUUGCCCAGGAUUAUUGGGACUUUGCAGAACUCUCCUGAGUUUUCAGAAGCCUUUCAUUGCCACAAGAACUCGUACAUGAAUCCAGAAAAGAAAUGCAGGGUUUGGUAAUCUUCAGAAGAAGCGGUGCAGUCCUUGCCUAGACUUGCCCACAUCACAGAAAUGGGGAACUCUAUCUGAGAGAAAAAGGACCAGAGAGGUCACUGAUUACGUGGAGGUAGUUCACAGGGAUGAGAGCAAUAAAAAUGAAGCUAGGUUACUCUGGAAAAAUGUGGAGGGAGGAGAGGUCUAAUGUCUAUCAAAUCAAUCACUUCUCACUGUAUAAAUAAUGCUUAAUCUCUAAAGAGAAUAUUGCCAUUCAUUGCUGUUUCUCAUAUGAUCUGCCAGUUUGAUGUUUUCUCUUGAUGUAGACCGGCAUUUCUAAUCAAAGGGAGAAAGAAGAGGUGGAAGAAUUCCGUUGGCACCAAAAGCACAGCAGUGACGUGAGAGUUAAAAACAUGUUGCCAAUGUACUUAUUUUUAAUUUUAUUUGCAAAAUUUAUGCUCCUUCAAAACUCUUCCAAAGAAUUCUUAUACAUAUUGGGGCCUUGGGCCUUAAAGUAGUUUUAAUCUAAUUUUGCCAAUCAUCAGUUACUCAUUCUGAGAGCAUUGUAUUUUAAGCACUCUUAGGGCAAAAAUGAGUGUCUAAAACUGUUUUUUGUUGUACCUGCUUUGACUGAUAAUGAGAUUCUUGAGGCUCCCUGCAAUUUUCUAAGCAAUUUCUUGUUCUCUCUCUCUCAAAACUUGGUCUUUUUAAGAGAUUUGUAGUAAUGUGUAAAUAAUAAUUUUUAUAUUUAAUUAUUAACUACACUUAUGACUAAGGAAUUGUUAUUAUAGGUAAUCAUUGAAUAUUGAAGCUUCAGACCAAGAUAAAUAGUUAUGAACCAAGAUCUGUAAAGUGAUGUACAGAUGAAGAUUUGAGACUUUUUAAACUUAUAAAUCAUAUUGAUGAAAAGCUUUAAGCACAAACUUUGGGUUAAAAAUUGCCAUUGGACAGUGGUCUAAAGAUACAUAAGAGUUGUGGUUUACAAGCAGGAUUUUCAAAAUUAAUCUGUCCCUGAAGGUGGCCAUGAUAAAAGGGCAAAACUGCAUCUAUGUAGCUCUGCAUCUCCUUAUCUUUUCAGGUUUGUCAUCUGAUGGAAAUAUUUUGAUAAUAAAUUGAAACUGUGAACCCAUUACUCACUAAGCUUAUUGUGCCAGCCAUCUAGCUUUGGAAAGCGCAUUUCUGGAUAGAAAUGAGAGGCUUCUACACAUCCAAUGGACUUGCUUCUAAAAUUCUAACUCACCUAGAGUUCUGGGAGGGGGAGGUCUAGUCCCUGAUAGCAACUCAGCUCUCAAGGCUUUUAUGUUCUGUUUUCCUGUCCUGUUUGCAAGUUUAGUUCAUUUCAUUACUUGAUUAAUAUUUUACAAAAGGAGUCCAAAAUCCUUAUUUUUCCUAACAAAGCAUGAAAAUGAAGGAACAUCCAAAAUAUGAGUGUUGGUUUUCCUGCCUCUUGAAAAAUGUCCAUUUACAUGUUUUUUUAAAAUGGUAUUAAAAUAUAACAUAUAUACCAAAAUUUAAAAACAUAAGUGUACAGCUCAAUGAACUUUCUCCCACUGAACAUGUCCCUGUAACCAGGACUUCUGAGAAACAGAACAUUA